AGGAUUUUUGGGAGGGAUUUCCUUUUUUUGUUGCGUUGUUCCUUGUAUUGAUCGAGACCUCGCAUUUUUUCGGAUCUCUUUUCUCUUUUCGGCGUUGGAGUUUAGGAUUAGGGCUCACUCAUUUGGAGUUUUCUUCGUUUGGGCUCAUCUGGUGGGCAGAGAUCUCGAUUUGGAAGCUUCACGGUUCGCUCUUUUCUUGGGCCUCCGGCCGGAUUUGUCGGGUCUCCUGGGUUGAUUUGAGGAGUAUUACGGCGCGGAUUCGGGGAGGAACGGCGUUAUGCGAGGCGAAAGAAGGAAAAGUUUGGAUCUUAAUGGAUUUCGACGCCUUAGUGGAGGUCAGGGUUCAUGUCUAGCAUCUCGAGGUAUCUAAGGGUCGCUUCUUAGCAGGCCCUUUUUGGACGCUCGAAGAAUUCGGAGGCUGUUGUGCGCGACUUCUAAGAUAUAUCAUCGUCGCUUUGGUUCUGAAUCAUUUGGCGGCUGUCAAUCGUCGAGGUUUGGAUUUCUGGAGAAGUUUGAAUUACAGAUUACGGUAAAAAGGGAGAUUCUUUUCUUUUGAGAUCGUCGCCACUACGAGUGUUCAAAAUAUUUGCUCGACGACUUUUGUCGACUUCCUGAACUGAUUUCCGACUCGGGGGUGCGAAGAGGCUCUUUGAAGUUUGCUAGGGUUUUUGUCAUCUGAUUUGAGAGUUCAAAGAGUGUGUUACUGUACUAGAUCCACUUUUUCUUGUCGGUUUCCUUGCGAAAAAAGCAGUGGGAUCGACGAACAGUGGAGUAUUCAGGAACACAGUGAACGGGGUGGCGCUGAACAGGGAAAAAAGAUGUAUUUCUGCGGUUGGUCAAAGUGACUGCACCUCGUUUCAUCCGGGUAGGUCAAAAGUGUCUUUUUCUCGUGAUUGCUUUAAACACCGGAAACGACAGUUGGUGUGGGUUCAGAUCCAUGUUAUCUGCGUUCGCCUGGUCGAAUCAGUGUAUUAGUGAAGGCAAAGACACCUUUUCUUCUUCUGCUUCCUCUAUCUUCUCCGUUGCGACUCUGACGAACAGUUCUGCCUUCUGAGAUGAUGCUAUGAGGGCAAACGCCUAGUCAGGAAGGUUUCGCUCUAAUUUAGAGGAGAGAUGAGUUCCAGCCAGCAGCACAAGCGGGGGAAAGCCGCUAAGGGCCUCGAUGCUUCUGAGAAGGUUGUUGUUGCGGUCAAGGCCUCGAAAGAAAUCCCGAAGACAGCCCUUGUAUGGGCUUUAACGCAUGUUGUUCAGCCUGGUGAUUGCAUAAUGCUUUUGGUUGUGGUUCCACCCCACAGUUCUGGUAGAAAACUAUGGGGUUUCCCAAGAUUUGCUGGGGACUGCGCCAGUGGCCACAGGAAGUCCCAAUCUGGUACUGCUUUGGAACAGAAAUCUGAUAUAACUGAUUCUUGUUCUCAAAUGAUGUUGCAACUUCAUGACAUUUAUGAUUCAAAUAAGAUAAGUGUCAAGAUAAAGACUGUUUCUGGAUCACCUUCUGGUGCAGUGGCUGCGGAGUCCAGACGAGUUCUGGCAAGCUGGGUUGUACUGGACAAACAGCUCAAGCAUGAAGAGAAGCAUUGCAUUGAUGAACUACAAUGCAACAUAGUGGUUAUGAAGCGUUCUCAACCUAAAGUUCUUCGAUUGAAUUUAGUAGGAUCCCAUGAAGCAGAGCCCCAGUUUCCUCGUCAAUUGCCUUCUGAGUUAGAUACGCCAAAGAUUUCUAAUGACACAAAAGAUUCUCAAAAUUCUAUCAGAGGUCCAGCUGUGACGCCAACUAGUAGUCCCGAAGUGGAGACAUCAUUUACUACGACUGAAGCUGGGACAUUCUCAGUGUCAAGCUCAGAUCCUGGAACUUCCCCAUUUUUUGCCACCGAAACAAUUGGUGCCAUUAAGAAAGAGGAGCAUGUAAGUGCAAAAGAAAUCAGGAAUUUAGAUUUAUCUACCUCUGAUUCUGACAGUGGGUGUUCAAGUCCUGCACGAACAAAUUUUCAGCCAUGGAUGGCUGAUAUUUUUGGCAGUGCCCGCCCGUCUUCAAAAGAGAUUCAAGAAGUAUCGCAAGCACUUGAUACCAAGGCCCGUAUAUCUACAGCCAAAGCCCUGUUGGAUAAAUUUUCUAAGUUGGAUAGAGAAGCUGGAAUUGGUUCUCUGAGUUACAGAUCAGAAAUAAACUUCAGUGGGAAUGUCAGAGAAGCAAUUUCUCUAUCUAGAAAUGCACCUCCAGGACCACCUCCUCUAUGUUCAAUAUGUCAGCACAAGGCACCUGUGUUCGGAAAGCCUCCUAGGUGGUUCAGCUAUUCAGAACUGGAACUUGCUACUGGUGGAUUUUCCCAGGCAAACUUCUUGGCUGAGGGUGGAUUUGGAUCUGUGCAUCGAGGUGUCCUACCAGAUGGUCAAGCAAUUGCGGUCAAGCAACAUAAACUUGCUAGCUCCCAGGGUGAUCAAGAAUUCUGCUCGGAGGUAGAAGUUCUAAGCUGUGCACAACAUCGCAAUGUUGUGAUGUUAAUCGGAUUCUGUGUUGAAGACAGGAGAAGGUUGCUGGUUUAUGAAUAUAUUUGCAAUGGCUCUUUGGAUGCUCAUCUUUAUGGUCGUAGUAGAGAACCACUAGAAUGGUCUGCUAGGCAAAAGAUCGCUGUAGGAGCUGCUCGGGGUUUGAGGUAUCUUCACGAGGAAUGCAGAGUUGGUUGCAUAGUUCACAGGGACAUGAGACCAAAUAAUAUUCUUAUAACCCAUGAUUUUGAACCAUUGGUUGGUGAUUUUGGCUUAGCAAGAUGGCAGCCUGAUGGUGACCUUGGCGUGGAAACAAGAGUAAUAGGCACCUUUGGAUAUCUAGCUCCAGAAUAUGCUCAAAGCGGGCAAAUUACAGAAAAAGCUGAUGUAUAUUCCUUUGGAGUGGUGCUACUGGAGCUUGUCACCGGACGUAAAGCUGUUGAUAUCAAUCGACCAAAGGGCCAGCAGUGCCUGACCGAAUGGGCUCGCCCUUUGCUUGAAGAAUAUGCGAUCGAUGAGCUUGUAGAUCCACGCUUGGGGAACCACUAUGCCGAACAUGAGGUGUACUGCAUGUUGCAUGCAGCAUCAUUUUGCAUUAGACGCGAUCCUCAUGCCAGGCCUCGGAUGUCUCAGGUUCUUAGGAUACUGGAGGGUGACAUGAUUAUGGAUUCAAGUUACACUUUGUCCCCUGGAUAUGCCAACGGAAACAAGAGCGGACGGAUGUGGCCUGAGCAGCAGCAGCAGCAGCAACAACACAGCAGUCCGAUCCGGAAACAGGCUUCAGAGGUUUUGGCUGGGAAAAAAUCUUACGAGGCACUACGGACGGCCUGGGAAAGAGAGAGGGAGAGUAUCAUGCGAAGAUGUUGAUGCCGAAAGAAGAAUAUAUAUGCUUAUAGAUUUCCAUGCGCAUUGUGUAUUCUCCUAGUUUCCUCUUUCCUCCUCUUUUUCCUGUUGCUGCAUUUUUCACCACUCUGUUGCCGUUACAUUAUUAGGCUGUAAUUUAUAUGUCAGUGCACUUAAUUAGGUUGGUCUUUCUUGAGAAAAGUUAGGCUAUUGGAGAGCCAUGUUUUAUGUCUA